CUGUGAAUUUUCAGCUCCUACAAGAGUUCAGAACGUUCAAGCAAUAAGCACGAAAUGAAAGCCAACUAUCUGCAUGCAUGCGUCACAACGGCUAUAAAUGGAUAAUUGACUUUAGCCAUCUAAGCUUUCUUUCUCAACAUCAUGGCAAGCACCAUUCAAAAGCAAAAGCUCUUUUUGUCAUUUUCGCACUAUGCUGUGGUCGGAGCCUCUACAGAUCGGUCAAAGUUCGGCACAAAGGUUCUGCAAUGGUAUAUCCAACGGAACAGGCCAGUAACCCCGGUCCACCCGUCGAAUGACGAGUUGGAGGGUAUAAAGACCAUACGGGCUUUAACUGACCUUCCGAACCCGACCGAAACGUCAGUGAGCAUCAUAACGCCUGCCAAGAUCACUAUCAAUCUGCUCAAACAGAUUGAGGAACUUUCGAUUCCCGCUGUCUGGUGCCAGCCAGGAGCAACUGAUGUUGCUUGCGUCCAGUAUAUCAAAGACAACGGGAUGUCUGACCGUGUACUUUUCGAAGGGGAAUGUAUACUGAGAGAUGGUGACGGGGCCUUACAGUCAAUGUUAUGAGAUUCGGAUUGAUCUGAUAUGGUCAUGAAUGAACUAUCAUUAAUAUUGCCCUAUGAAGUUACCCUUUUCCGCAUCCUGGCAGAUCAUCGCACGGGCUCAUGAUCUACGAUCACCGGCAAGUCCGAUCAGGUGGCCGCUUCCAUAGUACUAGAGUCCAAG